AUGGCUAAGUUCGACCCUCGGAAGAAAUAUAAGGAACAGGAGGAGAUAUUUUUCGAUGAUGGCCGUGAGAUGGAACUGUUACAAUUCAUUUACAACAAGCAGGAUCUUGAGGAUAUUCGAGGCUCGCCGCAUAAAGUGCUGGCCGCUAUCGAUGAGUUCGCUCGCACGCAGAAAUACCUGAUGAAUGUGGGAGAAGACAAAGGCCGAAUCAUCACGGAUCUCAUAGCCGGAUUUAAACCACAGGUUAUGGUCGAGCUCGGCGGUUAUGUUGGGUACUCGUGCAUUUUGUUCGGGAAUGCUCUUCGCAAGGCUGGAGGCAAAAGGUACUUCAGCCUUGAACGACACCCCGACUUUGUAACUGUCAUCUCCUCCCUGGUUGACCUUGCCGGCUUGAGCGACAUCGUACAGGUCAUUGAGGGACCAAGUGAUGCCUCUAUCAAGGAGUUGCAUGCGACAGGAACUCUGCAGCACAUCGACCUAAUGUUUCUGGAUCAUUACAAGCCUGCAUACACCACCGACCUGAAGCUCUGCGAGGAGCUGAAACUGAUUGCACCGGGCUCUGUCUUGGCCGCAGACAAUGUGAUCAAGCCCGGGAAUCCUCCUUAUCUAGAAUACGUUCGGAGCAGUGUCAAGCAGAAGAAGCAGGUGACCAAGGCAGCACAAACCGUCAACGGCGUGGACACUCGUUUUGCCAAUCGGACAGCCAAUCAAUACCUUCAAAGAGAGGGCGAGGCUAAGCUGGACGAGACGAGGGUGGGAAAUCCACUGCUGAUCUAUGAAAGUCGUCUCGUUCACAGCUUCGAACCGUCAGGAGUGCCAGACGGAGUCGAAAUUACGAGAUGCAUUGGAGUUGCAGAAGCAGGCAGCUACGCGCCGGCAUGA